UACUUUACCUUGGCUUCAAGUCUUCCUUUCUUCAAUUAAUAAAUUUACUCCCAAAUCUCAAAUUCCGAAGCUCCGCACCAAGCUCAUCAAUGGCGUCUUCCACUUCCAACCCUUACACCAGGCCCCGUACUACCGACCGCCGUCACUCCUGCGCCCAUUUUCUGUGUAAAUUCCUCUUCUUCUCCAUUCUCCUCCUCCUCCUCCCUCUCUUCCCUUCCGAGGCUCCAGAUUUCGUCAAUCACACCUUGCUCACCAAUUUCUGGGAGCUCCUUCACCUCCUCUUCGUCGGCAUUGCUGUUUCAUACGGCCUGUUUAGCAGAAGGAGUAUCCAGGUGAGUGUAGACGAAACUCGCUUCUCCAAUUUCGAAAAUCCGCCCUCGUAUUUGUCUAAGAUCUUUCACGCCACUUCGAUUUUUGAAGAUGUCCAACUUUUGACUGCUUCCGAUGAGAAUAAGGUGGACGAUGUUUGGUACGUUCAGCCGCAUCGCGAAUCGGCGACCGAUUUUGGGGAUUUGAAUGCCGAAUCUCGCCAACGAAGGUAUGAAAAUUCGUAUGAAUUUGUAGAUACUGAUAAUGUUGGGCAUGCUUGUAAAUCGAGAUAUUCUCGGGGUGGAUCCGUGGUGGUAGUUGCUGAUAGUGAAAGAAAUCGUAGUUCUAGUUCUAGUUCUGGUGCCAUUGUACAUUAUAAACCUCUAGGUUUGCCUGUAAGGAGUUUGAGGUCAAAUCUUACGGAAGAAUCGGAAACCGAUGAUGUUGAAUUUGGUGAGGAAUCUGGUUUGAGUUCUAAAAGUUCAUCCAAGAGCUCUGAGAAUUGUGAAAGAAGAAGUGAAUUUGGUGAGAAUUGUUGUACGAAUUUGGAGGAGAAGUUUGAUGAAGCUGUUAUUGCAUCAUUGUCCCCAUUUCAAUGGCGUGAGAAAUCUGAAAAGAAUAUGAUGAGAGAGAGAGGAGUGGGGAAUUAUUUUGUUCGCCCUUCCCAUUUUAGGCCUCCCUCUGAUGAAACUCAAUUUGAAUCCCUGAAAAAAUCAAGGUCUCUUCAUUCUACCCUAUCUCAGUCGUCACAAACUAGUUCCUUCUCGUCUUCAUCGUCGAUGAUGACGACAAGAAAGCACCGGAAAAUGUCGUCGCUCAGCAACAUUUCCUCAAAGUCAUUGCAUUCUCGGCAAUACAGUAUGGGCUCUCUGUCUGAAAACAGUAGAGGGAGCUCCGAAGACCAUCUGAUAGAAACCAAAAAUUCAUCCGAGUGCAACGAAUCCAUGAUAAGUUCCCUGCACUUGGACAGGAACUUCGCAAGUAUUCCGAAAGCUGUAUCGCGGGGAAAAUCCGUUAGAACGAUUAGAGCAAAUGCAGUUGCUGCAGAGGAAAUGAAAUCCCAAGAGAUGGACAGAAACCAAGUUGAACAUGAUAUCAAUAUAGGGAAGAAGUUUGAAGAGGGUGGAGGAGCAUUAUCAUAUAUGAGAGAAGAUGAAAUAGGAUAUGGAUGGCCUAGUGUUGCUAACCCGAACACUAUUAAUUCGAAUCGUUUGCCAAAGACGACGUUGUCGAAGAUUGAGAGGCAGAUCAAGAUGGAAGACAUCGAGAGUCUGCUGGCAGAUGAUUCCAAAGAUAACUCCGAGAUGGAGGAUGAGAGUAUUUUUGCAAGUUCAGAUGAAGAAGCUGAAGUUGCUUCGAGUGUGGCUGGCGGGUCGGAAUCGGGGGCUCACGAGGUCGACAAGAAGGCCGGUGAGUUCAUAGCAAAGUUCAGGGAGCAAAUACAGCUUCAGAGGAUGGCUUCAGUAGAAAGAUUGAGAGGAGGAUGGGGAUCAUUCAGCAGCACAAGCAGCAGCCAUUUCAGUUGAUUGGCAAAGCCUUGAAUUUUAGAAGCCCUUCUUCUAAGCCCUUUAUACAUUUAAAGGUUAAAUAUGUAAUUUUAUCUCUAAGAUAUACUCAUUUUUUCAA